AUCUGUGGAGCUGCCAUUCUAUGAUUUAUGAUUAUAACCAAUAUUUUGACUUUUGACAUAAGCGCGAUAAACUUAACCUAAACAAAUUUUACUCACACGUGAUUUGUGGCCCAGAAGGGCAAUCAUUUACCAUCAAAAUGGUAUCCAAAAAAGUUAAAAAGUAUUCUACUGGAGAGGCUUCAAAAUACAUAACCAGAAGGGCAGCAUUACGUAAACUACAAGUGUCCCUGAGAGAAUUCCGAAGACUUUGUAUUUUGAAAGGUAUAUACCCAAGAGAACCCAGGAAUCGUAAGAAAGCGCAAAAGGGGGACACAGGUGUAAAGACUCUGUAUAGCCUUAAAGAUAUACAAUUUUUACUACAUGAACCAAUAGUAUGGAAAUUAAGAGACAUCAAAACAAAUAGUCGAAAAAUUGCUAAAGCUAGGGCAUUGAAAGAUUAUGAGAAGAUCCAUAAAUUCAACAAUAACUAUCCCACAUUGAAGUUGGACCAUAUUGUCAAAGAAAGAUAUCCGACAUUCAUUGAUGCUCUGAGAGAUCUUGAUGAUUGCUUGACAUUAUGCUUUUUAUUCAGUACAUUCCCUUCGAUGCCACAUAUACCUAGAGAUCAGUCUCAGUUGUGCCAAAGAUUAACAACUGAAUUUAUGCACUAUGUGAUUGAAGCUAAGGCCUUGAGGAAAGUGUUUGUAUCUAUUAAGGGAUAUUAUUUCCAGGCUGAAAUCAAAGGACAGAAGGUAACAUGGAUUGUUCCUCAUCAUUUCUCUUUUGAACCUCAAAAUCGUACUGAUGUGGACUUCAAACUAAUGUCCAUAUUUGUUGAAUUUUAUACAGUCAUGUUAGGCUUUGUUAACUUCAGGUUAUAUCACACUUUGAAUUUACAUUAUCCACCUAAAUUUCCCUCUGUUGCCCCAAACAAUGUUGAAAAGCAGCUUGUAGAUGAAGAUGUUUUCGUUGCUGAAAGAAUUGCUGCUCUAAACUGUAGCAUCGCUAAAAUAUCUAGUGAAGUUGUGGAAGAAGAAGUGGAGAUAGAUGAUUUCUCAAACGAGGAUGAUCCAGAAAAGAUGAUGGAAAUUAAGAAGGAAGCUGAAAGUUUGAAGAACUUGAAAACAUUAUUCAAGGGCUUGAAAAUUUUUGUGAAUAGAGAAGUUCCUAGAGAGCCAUUAGUUUUUAUGAUCAGAUGUUUCGGGGGUGAGGUGUCCUGGGAUAAAUUACUUUUUGUUGGUGCUACAUUCGAUGAGAAUGAUGAAUCUAUCACCCAUCAAAUUGUUGAUAGGCCUUCCAUGGAUAAACAGUACAUUUCAAGAUAUUAUGUGCAACCUCAAUGGGUUUUUGACAGUAUAAACAGACGUCAAUUAAUGCCAGUGAACCAAUACUUUAUGGGUGAAACACUGCCGCCCCAUUUAUCACCAUUUACUAAUGAAGGUUACACUGAUGUUUACAUACCACAAGAAGAAAGAGCUUUAAAUGACCCUUCGCUAUGGGAAAAAUUACACAACAAAGAUAACCAAGAAGUAGAAAGCAGUUCAGAAGAAGAGGAAGAGGAAAUUGUAAACAAAGAUGAAUCUAAUGUAGAUGAUAAAGCCGAGUCAGAAACUGAAGAUCAGCAAGAAGGAAGUGCUCCCAAGAAGAGGAAGUUAUCAGUCACACCUGGUCAAUUAUACAAAGAGGAUCCUCUGAAACAGAGUAGAGAAGCAAGGCAGGAGUAUCGUUUACGUGAGAAAAUGGUCAAAAAUAAGCAUAAACGUCUAUAUAAGAGCAUGAUGGAAGGAAAACGUAAAAGGAAGAAGGAAAUCUGGCUAUUACGUAAAAAAAGGCGUCUACAUGAAGAAGCAACUGCUGCUGAGAAGAAGGCUACAAAGAAAAAUAAAAGUGUAUCUAACUGAACAUAUGAUUAAAGAGAUUCUCCAAAAGUAUAAA